UACCUCCUGUCAGAUGCAGAGAAAGUCCUUGCCAAGAAGGAGCAUCAGUAUGGCAUUUCUGUGGAGGUGUACAAUGAGACUGCUGUGGAAGGGAAACUGGACAACAGGCGCUUCAUCCUGACUGGGUUUAAUGAGAGCUGCAAGUGCGACAUCAUCUCUCUGUUCAUCGGCAGCUGCAGCCAAGGGGCUGAGCAUGCCUGGGAGACCCUGGACGAUGGAGACAGAGUAGUGGUCAGCUUCAAACAAAACAUUGACAUAAAGUCCUUCCUUAGGAAAUGUUCAUCAAAUAAGUACCAGGGCAUGGAGAUCGGGGCGUGUCGUUUAGAGCUGACAGACUCUGUGCUUGUCCAGGGGGACAUGAGCCAAAUCAAAGGAGGAGUGGAGGAGGCCCUCAAUCUCUACUUCUCCAGCAAAAGGAGCAAAGGAGGAGAUAUCAAGUCCCAGAUCUGGGUUACCAAGGGCAAGAGCAUGGUCAUCACCUUUGAAGACUGUCAUGUUGCCUAUCAGGUUGUGGAACACAAGCAUCAUUUCGGUGGGGUGGACCUCAUAGCUCAGCUAUUCUACUCCAGUCUGCAGAAGGUGUUAACAGGGCAAACAGCCCUCCAAUCAGACAUCCCUUCUAACAUAGCCCUUUGUCUCAGUUCAGCACUUUUCGACUUCAUUAAAUGUGAUGAAGCCCACAGCCAGGAUUUAACAACUGGACUACGUAAGGUCAAUGCUAGCGUCUCCUUCAAUAUGAUCACAGAACCCCCACAGAUGGAGCUGGAUAUGACCAUGGAGAAGGAGUCCUUGGGCAUGCUCAGACUGGGCCCUAAAUGGGGAAGAAUUGCCCAGAGAGAGGCUCUGGCCUUGCUAAAGAAAUACAAAGAGGUUCAGCUGCCCACAGCGGUGGAGGUCUGGGAAAGGGUUGAGAAUAGUUGUCUUGGUCUCAAAUCCUCUGAUGCCAGCAUCUCUUACAAGAAGAGCAAUGGUGAGAUUGUGGUGGUAGGAGUGCAGAAUGAGGUGAAGACCCUUGUGGAGAAGAUUGAGCACAUGGUGAAGAAGGUCAGUGAUGAGCUUCAGAUGGAGAGGAACACAAUAGUAAGAAAAAUCUCACUGGACUCCAGAGAGAAGUUUGAGAUCAUCUGGGAUCUUGUCUCUGGCAAACUAGUGGACGUGGAGUUUUCCAAAGAUGAAGAAAGCUUCAUCAUAUGUCUAAAGGGUUUGGAGAACAAGGUGAGUACCGCAGAAGGUGUUGUCCAUGAGGCAAUGGGGAAUGUUGAAACCAGACUGCUUAAUAAUGUAUCAGUGCCUUUGAUGGAGUUCUUGAAAUCUCUGGACCUGAAAAAGUUUGAGAGGAAGCAUUUUUCCCAGAACCACAUAUCGUCUAAAGAGCUGACAUCCAGAGAGCUGAAGACACAUUACAUGAGGUCAUCAAAGAGGAAGUCAUCAAACUCACACCAGACCAAGCCCAUGUGA